AGAUUUGAAUCAUCAAUAUGGAAUCAGUUAACUAUCAUGGAAGAAGAUUCAUUCAAUGCGUCUGCCAGCAACGACCCAGAACAAGUUGCGGUGCAAUCGGUUGAUAUUGAUACCAUCAAUGUCAAGCCCGAACACGAAGCUGCUGAACCGAUUGAGGCCACGGAGAGCAACGAAUUGGCGGAGAGCAGCGGUUUGAAGGUGGAAGAAGAGGAAGACACGACGCCAAAAAAUGAGCCUAUUACCCUUGAAGCCGAACCAGAACCAACUGGAACAAGUGCUAGUUUGGAAGAAAAAUCUGAAAAAUUACAAAAGAUCCUUGAGAGAACUGGAUAUCCACAUGAGAGGACACCAACUCAACAUAUAUAUGGACCUCCUCCGGGUCGGGAGGAGGAGAAGUUGCCAGCUGGAGUUCAAGUUCAUGUGGGAAGAGUUUCUUACUCGGCAACAGAAGAGCAGUUAAUUGAGGUGUUCGAGCAGGCUGGUGAAAUUUACGAACUGCGUCUAAUGAUGGAUCAGAAACAUCCAGGAUUCAAAAAUAAAGGUUUUGCGUUUGUUACUUUUUGCACUAAGGAGGCCGCAGAUAAAGCAGUCAAGUUGUUCAACAACUAUGCUAUCAACGGAAAGCCAAUUUCCUGUGUAAUCGCAUCUUCGAACAACACGCUGUUUAUUGGAAUGAUUCCUAAGAAUAAAAACCGAGAGGAGAUACGCCUGGCGUUUUCGAACGAAGUUCCUGGAAUCGUUGACGUUCUGCUUCAGCCUUCUCUGAAAACAGCCGGCUCAACUGACAAGAAUCGCGGAUUCUGUUUUUUGAACUUCGAAGACUAUAAAAGCGCUGCAGCGGCUCGUCAAAAACUGCGGUCAAAAAUUCCAAUCCGAAUGUUUGAUGAUCACAAAACUUACACGUGCGACUGGGCUGACCCACAAGAAGAGAUUAGCAGUGAAGUUAUGGCGCAAGUGAAGACGUUGUUUGUUAAGAACAUCAGCGAGCGAACUACUGAAUUGAUUCUCCGAGAACGUUUUUCGCGACAUGGAGUUGUCGACAAAGUUGUCGUGCAUACCCAUUACGCGUUUGUGUUUUACGCUGACCGCGCUGAUGCUGUGCGCGCGAUUGAAGAAGAGAAUGGUAAAGAGCUAGCAGACACGGUAAUAAGCGUAGAACUAGCCAGACCUGUUUCAGAAACGCACCGAAAAAAAAUCAGGGAAUUGAAGGAAAAGAGAAAUGAACAUGUGCCUCCGAUUAACGAUGGGAGAGGAGGGCGUGGACGUGGAAUUACAUCAGGCUCCAGAAACCUGGCAUCGAGGAUGCCUCCUGGUUAUGGCUACGGCAGAGAUCCUUAUGCGCGAGAUCCAUAUGGACAUGGACCUGACCCAUACGAUAUGUAUUAUGGCUACUCUGGUGGACCGCCAAUGAGAGCUGGUCCGUAUCCCGGUUACCCUCCAAGAGGGGGACCCAUGCUUCCCGGAAGAUCUCCUGGAGGUCCUCGAGGAAGACCAUUGCCACCCCCCACCAGACCAAGUGCUGUGGUCAAGAGAGCGUAUCCACCACCUGAUUAUGGCGCACCAACAGCAAAAAGAUCGAGAUCUGAUGUAAGUGGAAGGGGACCGCCGCCACCUAUUGGAUCACGAGCGGCGCCGUCAUCGUCCGCUUACGGUCACUACGCGUCAGGCUACGAAUAUACUACAGGGUACGGGGUGCCAGUCCCACCGGCAUACGAGACCGAAUAUGAAACAGUAGAGUACUACACGACACCUGGAUACGACUACUACGAUCCAUAUGGAGGUUAUUGAAGAGAAAAGCGCAAAUCAGAAGCAAAACAGUUGAAGAAUGUUAAACAUCCGACAGUUUAAAGAUCCAAAUUGCGAUAAGUUUGAAGCUAUAAAACAUCGACAACGAUCCAUGAAAUUAUUAUCUGGUCCAUCAUGAAUACAGAAACGAAAUAGACCGAACAUAAAAAUUGUUUCGUGAUUUCACAAUUAGAUUUAGAUUUGCAUGAAAUCUCUGUGUACCGCCGUCUCUUGCAUAAAAAUGAAACCAUAUUGAUGGAAAGGAAUUAAGUUAGAAACUAUGCAUUGAUUGCGUCAAAGUUUGGGAUUUAAAUCUGUCGGAUGUUUCGGCAACAAUAGCUGCUAAGACCUUGUUAAUAAAAUGUCUCUUUAAAAAGUUCUCCUUUGAUUUAUCUCGUUCAAACUCAAUGUACCGUUUCAAAUAUCGUAUGGUGUUUUUAUUUAUCUGUUCAAAAUCAAUUCUGUUUUCACAAUGAAAGAGUGAAUUAAAAUGUUUUCAAGCUUU